AAGUACUAACAAACCACCCUGAAUUGAGAUCCUCGAGAAAACAGACAUGGGCACUCAGAGAUUGACUUUGGCAGUGAUCAUCAAAAAUCCAUUAAACGACGCCGAAUUCAUACUCACGAAGCAAACCCUACCUCCCAAAUUCCAUGACUCCGAGUAUGAUUCAUAUCAAGAUUCCGAUCUUUGGGACUUGCCCUCUGCACAAUUAUCACUUGUUGAUCGCUCCUUGACUGCUAGUCAACCUCAAUUUGAAGUUGAGGAUGAUUCUUCCGCGGAAUUUUUGAACCAGUUUGAUGUUGCUUCCGCUGUUGAUCAGGCGCUCAAACAAGUGGGAUAUGAUAAGACCACAAACGUAAAGUGGAACCUCUUCAAGGUUAUAGAGGAGCCUGAAUUUGGACCGGGGCCUCCAGUCAAGACUCUGUAUAUUGUCGGAGGAUCAGAAAUUAAUGAUUGGAAGUUAGGAGAUUGCUCAAAGUGGAUGAGCACCCAAAGUUGUGCAGAUCUGCUUCUGAAAGUGAAACCUCAUAACGAUCGUAUAGGGCCAUUAGUUGUUGUUGGUCUUCUGAAUGAUUCACUUCAAACUAGGAACUUGCAUACUCCUUCCACCUUGAGAUGUCAGGAAUAUCCUCCUGGCGUUAAUAUUGUUCCCAUGAAAAGCAGAACAGCAAAGCCUUACCACACUACAAACUUGAUUGUCUUUGCACCUGGUACAAGUGAUGAUGACUUUGGUGGAGGUGAUGUUCUUGCACGAGGAGAUGCUCUCAUUGUAGAUCCUGGAUGCAGCUCCGUUAUGCACAAAGAGCUGGAGCAAAUUGUUACUGCACUCCCACGAAAAUUGUUUGUGUUUGUCACCCACCACCAUCACGAUCAUGUGGAUGGUCUCUCGGUUGUCCAGAAGUCCAAUCCCGAAGCUACUCUUUUGGCCCAUGAGAACACAGCUAGACGAAUUGGGAAAGGUGAUUGGUCUCUGGGACAUAUUCCAGUAGUGGGAUCUGAAGAAAUCUGUAUUGGUGGUCAACGCUUGAGAUUCAUAUCUGCUCCGGGUCAUACGGACGGCCAUGUUGCAUUACUUCAUGUUGCAACUAACUCGUUGAUAGUCGGGGAUCAUUGUGUAGGCCAAGGAAGUGCACUCUUGGAUAUUACGGCUGGUGGGAAUAUGAGUGAUUACUUUGACACGACAUACAAGUUUAUGGAGUUGUCUCCGCACGUUUUAAUACCAAUGCAUGGUAGAGUUAACAUGUGGCCGAAGCAUAUGCUCUGUGGGUAUCUCAAAAACCGCAGAAAGAGAGAAUCUAGCAUCUUAAAGGCUAUAGAAGAAGGAGCGAAAACAUUGUUUGACAUUGUAAAACAUACAUAUGCUGAAGUUGACCGCAGUCUAUGGAUCCAUGCUGCAUCAAACGUGAGACUCCAUGUUGAUCAUCUAGCCCUGCAUAAUAAAUUGCCACAGGAAUUCUCAAUGCAAAGAUUUCAAUCGUCUUGCAAGCUGAACUUCUUUUCGCGUUGGAUGUGGGACUAUCUAUGCAGCACUCUUUCCAUUAAGCACCACCAUCUACAGAUAGUUAAAGUUGUGGGAGCAGGCGCAGCAGCUUCCGUUGCUGUUCUUUACCUCCGUUCAAGAGAUCCUUAGUUCCAACAAAAACGUGUUGCUUAAUCCCCAGUGAGAAUGUUAGAACAAAAUGUAACUACUAUUAUCUAUUGCAUCAUGACAAUGCUUAGUAAAGAUUCAGUUCACAAUAAUGCUUAUUAAUAUUGAAUGAUCUUGAUUUAUUUGUUUCUA